AUGCAAUUCUCUACUGUCGCUUCUAUCGCUGCCAUCACCGCAGUUGCCUCUGCCGCCAAUAACAUUACCACUGCUACAGUCACUGAUGAAUCUACCACUUUGGUCACCAUCACUUCUUGUGAAGACCAUGUCUGUUCUGAAACAGUUUCCCCAGCUUUGGUAUCCACUGCUACCGUUACCGUAAAUGACGUUAUCACUCAAUACACCACUUGGUGUCCAUUGCCAACUACCGAAGCUCCAAAGAACACCACUGCUCCUGCUCCAACCGAAAGGCCAACUGAACAGCCAACUGAAAAGCCAACCCAACAAGGAUCUACCACUCCAGGUGUUACCUCUUUCACUGGUGGAGCUGUAAAGGCCUUGCCAGCUGCUGGUGCUUUGCUUGCCGGUGCUGCGGCUUUGCUGUUGUAA